AUGUCCAGCCUCAACCCAGACUCGCCCCCUCUCCUGAACUACAUCCUCGGCUUCCUCCUCGUCGGCCUAGCCUGGGGCCUAACCACUCCCUUCAUCCGCCGCGCAGCCCGUACGCACACCCCGCCCCCUCACCCGAUCCUCGAGUCUCCCGACCUGGGACCCGUGGCGAGGAAGGUGUACGGCGCGUGGUUCGCCGUCGUGGAUCUGUUGAGGAAUCCGCGGUAUGUGGUGCCGCUGGCUUUGAAUCUUACGGGCAGUUUGUGGUUUUUCUUGUUGAUUGGGCAGGCUGAGCUGAGCCUUACUGUCCCGAUCGUGAAUACUUUGGCGUUCUUAUUCACGGUGUUGGGCGACUGGUGGGUCGAAGGCAAAGCUAUCAGUCGAGAUACUGGGAUCGGGAUGCUUCUUUCUUUGGCGGGAAUUGCUCUGUGUGUCCAGAGUAAAACGCAAUGA